AUGGAUUAUAGCAUGGAAGAUACCCAGAACUCGGCGCCCGAAGCGCUGGAGGCUACUAAGCUGAACAACACUCCCUCGCGUAGCGACAACACACAGAGCGUGACGAAGCGCCUACAGUCUGAGUUGAUGCAGCUCAUGAUGUCGCCUUCACCCGGUAUUUCUGCCUUCCCUGAUGCUGAUGGCAACCUCCUCUCGUGGACCGCGACUAUCACCGGCCCGACCGAGACUCCCUACGAUGGCCUCAUUCUGAAGCUCUCUUUCACAUUCCCCAACAACUACCCCUAUGCUCCUCCCACUGUCUUGUUCAAGACUCCCAUUUAUCACCCGAACUUUGACUUCUCCGGCCGCAUCUGUCUCGACAUUCUCAAAGAGAAGUGGAGUGCCGUUUACAAUGUGCAGACUGUGCUGUUGAGUCUGCAAAGUCUGCUGGGCGAGCCGAACAAUGCGAGCCCCUUGAAUGGCCAGGCGGCAGAGCUUUGGGAUACUGACCAGGAGGAAUUCAAGCGCAAGGUCCUUGCUCGCCACCUUGACCUUGAGGAUGAGUAA